AUGUGGUCACCGUUACAGAGCCAUACAGCUGACAGGCGCUGGCCGUUACGUCAGUAUUCCAGGAAUAAAGUGGACAGCAAAAUGAUGCACACUGUCUGUUUGAGGCAGGCCACCUUUGGUGUGGCCUUGUGUAUUGCAGCAGCUGCUCUUUUCGCGUCGGGAGCAGACGAGCCAUUCGGUCGCUUUCGAUUGAAGGCACCACGGUUCCUUCAAAGCCCCGACUACGACGAGAAGUCGCCUGAGGGCAUGCUUUCAUGGACGAAGGACUUCCAGUAUGUGCCGGCCAGGGCAGCGGAGCCUUUUGCACCGGAUUCUCCUAUUCAUGUACCAGAAAGAAACGCCGCACAGGAGCAGUUCAGAGGCCUGCACGAACAGGAGAAUGAACUGUUCCGCGCCGAGGAAAAAGGCCCCGAAAAACUUCCUGAGGGAGUCCGCGUGGCAAGUGGACUGGCUGUUGAUGACGUUGGCAACCAGUCUCAAGCCUACGGUCUGGCCCCCGGAGAGAUUUCUAUGCCAGGAACAGUCCCCCUUUGUCGCGCUUAUUCGAAUCCGGCCCUCUCUAUCGCAGACUGGGGAUCGCCUGCACAGUGGGUUACAACGACCGAGUUCGGAGUUGUUCGGUUGACUACAAGUGGAGUGGCUCCCGUUUCGGCGCCCACGACGCUGUUCCUCCGAGACCAUGAAUGCAACGCAGCCGUUGUUUCUGCUAAUAUCCGGUGUGAAGAUAAUUCGGUGGCGGGUUUGGCAUUUCGGGCAGAGAGUGACGCGAACAUGUACUCUGUUUUACUCGACACCCCACGAAAGGCGGUGUCACUCAACAAGAUUGAAGACGGCAAUCCCUCCGUGAUUUCAGAAAUCUUCAUGUCGUACCUGCACCCCUACAUGCGACAUCAGCUGAAAAUUGUUGACCAUGGAAAGGACGGAACGAUUCAAGUCUACUUGGACCAGAUGUUGGUGCUUACGCACUCGGCGCCUUACACCGGUGUCGGCAAUACCGGUGUUUUGGUGACAAAGGGGCACGCGUCAUUCGAUAACUUCCAGCUCCUACCAUGAUGCAGUGGAUAAAAAGGACAUUCCGCCAUUCUCGAUCAGUCAGAACAGAAUUGCUGGCUGCGUCUGGGGUUGAGAAAAGCUGACCAGGAGUACUCGUCUGUCGCACACGAUUCUAGCUUAUUCAUGUAGCCUCGAAAACCGUGCCACUAACCCGUGUGGCUACAACUAGUAGUGUGACCCUUCCAGCCUUCCCUGGUCCGGUUGGGCGUGUGUCAAAAGAAAACACGAUUCCUAAGUGUGACAUUGUGGGUUCGCGCUGGCUCCAUGAAAGCGUAGACAUUACGUCUGCCACGGGGAGAGGAUCACACACAUCAGAGUUCAGAGCUUCCUCGGUGCGUGAUGGUGUUGUUCCGUUACUAAAUGCUAAAAACUCACAUAACAGAAGUGCUUCCUCGAGCAUUUAUGGGCAUCACUACUCGAGAACAGCAACAAUCAAGAAUAUCUACGACAUCAGUGCAUGAUCGUUACCCGGAAGAACCCUCCACCUAGGAUACUGACCAUUCGACAGCGUCAGCU